AUGUCUUCGCCUCAAAUGCCUUCCUCUUUAUAUAUAGCCCUGACGCAUAGAUGGACACCGGAAGGUAUUCUUCGAUUGACAAAGGCCAACAUUGGGGACUUGCUGCGACGAAUCCCGCUCGAAGACUUGUCUCCUACUUUUCAGCAUGCUGUUCAAUUUUGUCGCGGCCUGGGCAUUAGAUACUUGUGGAUUGACUCUCUCUGCAUCAUCCAAGACUCGAAAAGCGACUGGCGUAAGGAAUCUUCCAGCAUGGGCAAAGUAUACGAAUAUUCCUUCUGCAACAUUGCGGCCACCUUGGCUUCACAACGUCCAAUGGGUGGUUUGUACUGCGUCCGAGACCCUGAUUUGAUCACCCCAUAUACCGCAAACAUCAACUGGAGAGGACACAAGGCCCUGUACAUUUUCUUCGAGCAUGACCACUGGUUUAAAUCUCUCACCAGAUCGUCGCUAAACAGGAGAGGCUGGAUAUUCCAAGAGCGCCUGCUCAGCCCGCGCACCUUGCACUUCUCGUCACAGCUCUUCUGGGAAUGCCGCACGAUAAGGGCCUGUGAGACGUAUCCGUCAAGCUUACCGUCCGAACCCGUGUUUCUCGGCAACGAUAUUGAUCAGGAUUUCCCGACAAGCAUCAAGUCUUGGAGGUCAGAUUUGCAACAGGAUCACGUUGUCCAUUGGGACCUACUCGUCCAGAUGUUCUGUCCGUCUUGGACGUGGGCGUCUCUCGACUUUGAGGCGGCAAACAUCGAAACACCAGACCCAGGGGGCGUUGAACGUCUCCUAGCCGAGGUUGUUGACGCGGAAAUUGAAAGCGACACGGGACAGCUUUACAGCAACGUGACUGGGGGCUAUAUUAUCGUGCUUGGAAGGCUGGGCCAAGUCAAGCUCUCAGAUUUAGCUGACCCUGAAUGGAGGGGCGAUAGAGGCGGGCACUACACUUUUGAAUAUUCUCUCGAUGCCAAGGAUGAGCAGAGCCUUGCGAACGAGGAGCAAUAUUGUCUACCAAUCUUAACACAUGAUGGAGCCAACAGGAAUCCAUUUAGGAGCUUAGAGGUACAUUGCCUCUUAUUGGAACAGCUUGAGCCAGAUUCUAUCGCGUUUAGAAGGUUUGGCCGUCUGCAGGUUUUACUGGAUUGGGUGGGAGAAAUAGUCCAACCGUUGCGAUGGAUCACAGAUUUUGCUCGAGAGGAACCCCAAACUAGACAUAGAGAUUUACUGAUGAUCUACUAA